CCGAGCAUAGCCGGAUUGUAGAGGAGUCUCAACCAGCUUCUUGGUAAACUCUUCCAAGUGUGAGAUCCAUCUUGAGUAGCUUCACGUGUCCGUUUAACAACGGGAAAGCGACGAGCUGCGAAAACGGACCACUCGUCGCUCCCACUUACAGACCAACGGUCCACCCUUCAGGGGAGAAGCUCGGCUGCAAAGUAAAUGCUUCGACCAAGUAAUGUCGUCAGUAGACGUCAAAGCGAUGCUCAGAUUGUGCCAAAAAGAAGGCCGAGAUCCUCUCAGACUCACCCCGUCAGCAUUCCGAAACACGCAGACCUGUUUCGCUGCUCUACAGAUCGGCGUAUACUGCACCCAGUCCGGCGCCUGCCGGCUGGCCGCCGCUCAGCGGGGCGCCCUCCAACUCGGACGCGAUGCCGUCCAACACUACCGCAGAGACGCGUCCGAAACGGCGCGCGAGUCCGAUGACGCGCGCGCGGCCUGGGCGCGCGAUGCCAUGUACAAAGGGUGGGUCCUGUGUGACGUCAUCCUCCGGACCGACGUCAGAGACGACCAAGCGGCGGCCGCGAAGCUGCCGGACAUCGCUCGAGAACUAGGGCUGGCGAGAGCCGCGGCUCGGGCGAUCGUCAAAGGCCCCGCAAGGGCGGGGCUCCACGUGUUGGCAGUGUUGGAGGCGAGCACCCGGGACGAUGCCCCGGGGGCGUUGGCGCAGGUGUGGGCAAAAAAGGGUCUCGUGAAAGCGCUUCUCGAGCUGCUGCUGACCGCGGCCCGAUUGGUGGACAGGCCUUCGGACGAUAGCAGCAGCUCCGGCGAGGAUUCGGACACAGGUGCUCCGCAGUCGGACAGGCGUGCUCCGCAGGCGAACGGCCGUGCUCCGUAUGCGAACGGUCGUGCUCCGCACUCGGACGCUGGUGUGGCGCAUGCGGACACUGGUGCGACGCAUUUGGACGGUGGUGCCGGGCCCUCGGACGACUCUGCUCUUCAAUCGGACGGUCGAGCUGCGGAUCCGGACGGUCCGAAACGGCUGCCGACGCAGGAGCUCCGGCAGCUGCACUCGUGGGAGAUGCGCGACUUCUGGGCGGACGACGCGCCGCUGUGGGCGCGCGCUCGCGCGGCCUGCGCGCAGGCCCUGAAACUUCUCUCCCGGGCAGUAGAAGGCGGUGCGUACCUCGAGUUUGUACGGUCGAGGGGCGUGGACAUCGUGACCAGGUUUCUGGCGCGGCGCGAUUUCGACGACGAGCGGAGCGUCGCCCGUAUGGAAACGAUGCGUCAGUCGGACGAUCCGGAGCUUUUGUGGAAGUUGAGGGCGGGGGAGUGCUGGAGCGAAGCGGGGGGGACGGCGGAGGCGCUUUGGGGGAGGGCCGCAGCGGAGGCGGGGCUCAAGAAAUGCCCACUGGUGGCGAAGUGCCGCCAGCGGGAAAGCAUGAAGGGACGGUUUCAGCAGUGCGGGCGGCGGUGCGGAACUUUUUAUUGCUCCAAAGAAUGCCAGGCGAUCGAUUGGCGGGCGGGUCACAAGAAGAUCUGCAUUCCAGCUGCCGCCUCAAAGCCAGAGGCCUAAUCAAUUGUUGCUCAUAGAUGUUGAAAAGGAAUUACAAAUGAAAGAGACACGUCGUAUAAGGAGUUGUCAUGCGUGGCAAAGGACAGCUGGUAAUUUAACGGUUAAUGGUUAGUCAGUCAAUGCAUAGAUGUACAUGAUGACUCAAACGGAUUGAGUGCAACAUGACUGCGAGAUGUUUUCAGCUACCGUAACGUAGUUGGCAGCUUAGUGGCAUGCAGGUUAUGUUUUAAUUUGUCAUAGAUAGCAUAAUAGCACUUUGCCUCUCUGGGCCUAAACGCUGAGGCUCCCCAUGGUGGGAUCAUAUCAGAACUGUUUGCACUUUUGGAGCUGACCUUAAGUGCAGGUCAAUCAGUUAAGCUCGCAAACGCUGCUGAACUUCAAUUACAGCCCGGUCGUUCAUGCAGCCUCUAUAAGGUCGUGACAAAUGUAAAUUCGCGCUAGG